CAGACAGGGGGGUGGUGUGUGUGUGAGAGUGUGAGCCCUGCUCCGGGGGGUGGGGAUGGAGUGUGUCCUCAAUGCCCAGACUCUGAUCAGCAUCUCCCUGCGGAAGAUCCACAUCUCCCGGAGCCAGAGGGGGGGGAUCCGGCUGCACAAGAACCUGCUGGUCUCCUAUGUCCUGCGGAACGCCCGGCAACUCUACCUGAGCGAGCGGGCGGCCGGGCCCGGGCCCGGGGCUGGGACUGGGCCCGGGCCCGGGGGGAGCGGCUCCCGGUGCCCCGCUCCCCUGCACCGACCCCCCGAGCCGCCGUUCGCCCAGCGCCUGGCCCCUGGAGGCGGCGUGCAGCAGCAGCAGCCCGUGCCGGUACCGGAGCCCGAGGCUCCCGGGCACUGCCGCCAGACCACCGUGCUGGACCUGGACACCCAGACCCUGGUGACUACCGUCCGCAAGGGCCCGGCGCCGGACUGCGCCGCCGCCCCCGCCGCCGCCUGCUGCUGCUGCUGCCCGGGAGCGCGGAAACGCAAGCCCGAGGCCGCGGGCGGGGAGCUGUCUCCGGCGAAGAGGCUGCGGCUGGACGAGCCGUGGGGGAGCCCGGCCUGGGAGUGCACCGAGCCCGCCAACAUCUCCAACCUCAUCUCCAUCUUCGGCUCCGGCUUCUCGGGGCUGCUGAGCCGCCAGGACUCGGAGCUGCCGCCGCUGCCGCUGCCUCCGCCGCCUGUCCUCUCUCCUCCUGCAGCCCACGCCGAGCUCAAGCAGAACGGGCAGUGGUGCAGCCAGCAGGCGCUGGCCGGACUCGGGGCAUGGACACGGGCGAUCGUGGCGUUCUGAGCCCGCAGCACAACCCAGCGGCUCCGCACCCGGCUCCCUGCCGCACUCCCAGAGAGACAGACUCGGACUCACUGUGUGACUGUUGGGGAGAGACACAAGGGAACUGGGGGGGGGUGGGGGGAAGGGCCUCGGAGAGACAGACUCUGAUGCAGUGUGACUAUUAGGGAGAGACACUCUCUCCUUGUGUCUCUCCAAUAGAGAUAGACAGACGG